CUAGCCUGCCUUUCCUGAUCAUUGAGACUAGCACCAUAAAGCCACAUCAGCGCGGGUUUUACUGUUCGGACCAGUCCAUCCACUUCCCCCGAAAGGAGGGAGACACCAUUAGUGAUGCCGUGCUUUGUGGCGUUGGCAUUCUUAUUGGCAUCUUCUCUAUUGUGAUUGGAGAAUGCUACAGGAUUCACCAGCUACAGGAGGGAACAAAGUCAUUUGUUGGGAAUCCUUACGUCUCAGCUUUCUACAAGCAGAUAGGUGUGUUCCUGUUCGGUUGUGCCGUCAGCCAGUCAUUCACAGACAUCGCCAAGGUGUCGGUGGGUCGCCUGAGACCCCACUUCUUAGACGUGUGUAGGCCCGAUUUCUCCACCAUCAACUGCUCACUGGGUUACAUCACCAACUACACCUGUUCCGGUGAGGACAGUGAUGUUCAGGAAGCCAGGAAAUCCUUCUUCUCAGGACACGCCUCCUUUUCCCUGUACACCAUGCUCUACCUGGCUUUUUACAUCCAGUCCAGGUUUACCUGGCGCGGGGCUCGUCUGCUCCGCCCACUGCUGCAGUUCACCUUGCUGAUGAUGGCCUUCUACACCGGUUUGUCCCGCGUCUCCGACCACAAGCACCACCCCACUGACGUCCUGGCAGGCUUUGUGCAGGGAGCCCUGGUGGCCUACUGCAUG